AUGACUGAAGUUGCUACCACUCAAAACGACGCUGUUGCCGUUCAAGAACAACAAGAAGAGGGACAAUAUCAAGAUCGUUUCUUGGAGGGCUCUCAACGUAUUGUGCCUUACGAUUUGUUGGCAGCUCGCGGUAAUGCUGACAAGGUCAAUGACCCAGAUGCCAAGGUAUACAUGGAGGCAAAGGAGCUCUUCCGCAAGGGUUACGAACUCUGUAUGACCAUCCCUCGCUCUCUUGACGACGAUGUUUUGGAAAAGCACGAAGAAGACAUCAAGACAGCAUCUGAGACUAUGGUGGAAGCUUGGAUUAUGGAUGAUAAGGCUGCUCCCAUGUCAGAGCGUAUCUUGAUCUUGGGUCAGCAAUUUGAGAAGGUCUUGUUAAAGAACAUUCCUGAGGAGGAGAAGGAGGGAUUCUUUGUCAAGGAUAGUCUUUUGUUUUCUGCCUGGAUCUUGUUGGUGGGUAGACAACACAAGCAUUGUAUCACCACCUUGUCAUUGGCUAUCGAUACCUACCCUGACCUUCCUGCACGCGUCUUCUUCCUUCGUGCAUCAUGUUACCUUUCCAUGAACAAACUCAGACUUGGUAUUAAGGAUUUAGAGAAGGCUUUGGAAAGAGACCCCAAGUUCUCUAUUGCUUAUUUUGUUUUGGGUUCUGUUUAUUUGUCCAUGGAAAAUGAACGUGAGAAUGCCAUCAAGAACUACAAGCUCUAUCUUCAAAAUGGCCAUUCGCAAACUAACGAUACCAUCCACGCAUUGUAUGCCCUCUCUGUGCUCGUAAACCACAAGAAGAGAAAGUCUGAGGCUGCUGAAUACUACCAAAGAGCUAAGAAGGCUGAGGAAGAGUUCUCAGAGUUACAUGGUGCUCACACUGGUCUCAGUGAUAUCAAGAAACAAGCUAUUUUGGCCCACGAAUCCCCUGAGGAAGCUGAGAAGCUCAUUGCUACCUACACUCCUAAGAAAAAGUACGAUCAAAAGAUGCAACAACUGAUCCAAAGUGGUAUUUUGAACACUUCCUUCCCUCCCAACCCCAAGCGCUGCUCUCACUGUGCCGCUACACAUGCUAAGGAUAAGCCUGAGGCUCCUCUCUUGGCAUGCGGUGCCUGUAGAAGCAUCUGGUACUGUUCUCGCGAGUGUCAAGUUUCUGACUUCAAGGCCUCCCACAAGGGUCAAUGUAAACAAAUGCAAGCCUUGAAGGCUGAAGAGCAAAAAUAA